AUGCUUUUACUUGUCAUUAGUCUAUCAGUGAUUGCAGCAAUACUGAUAAUAGCAAUUGUAGCAAUAUUGGUUCUAAGGUGGCUGAAGAAGCCAAACGGUUCAGGUGGAGCAGCAUUGAUGUCAGUGGCAAAAUAUGAAAUAUUUUCCUACUAUGACCUUUUGCACUCAACUGAUAACUAUAGUGAAAGCAAUUUGCUAGGAGAAGGGAGCUUUGGUUCUAUUUACAAAGGGAUCCUAAGUGAUGGCAUUGUUGUGGCUAUCAAGGUAUUCAACUUGCAAGUAGAAGGUGCAUUAAAAAGUUUUGAUAGAGAAUGCGAGGUACUAAGGAGUUUACACCAUCGAAAUCUUACAAUGGUGUUCGGUAGCUACUCCAACCCUGAUUUGAAAGCCUUGGUACUCAAAUACAUGCCUAAUGGGAAUCUUGAUAAGUGGUUGUCCUUUCGUGACCAUUUCUUAGAUCUAUUUCAACGAGUAAACAUAAUGAUUGAUGUUGCUUGUGUAUUGGAAUAUCUCUAUUAUGAUUAUGAUACUCCUGUGGUACAUUGUGACUUGAAGCCUAGUAAUAUCUUGCUUGAUGAAGAUAUGGCUGCUCAUGUAAGUGAUUUUGAGAAUCUCCAGGAGAAGGAUGAACAUGAAGAUGUUUUAGCAAAUUUGAAGAAGAUUAAACACCAGCUUCUUAUGACAUUGCAGGCGAUGGGUGUCAAAAGUGGUGAAAAGAGGCCAAAUUCCAGAAGGCUAUUCAUUCCAGAGCGUGCCCACUUCAGAGAUCGCAGAGUGAUGUCCAAAAAAGACGGACCGCGGGACUUAUCCCUGGAAGCCGCCACUAUUUUUGGGAGAUAUGUUCUGAAGUUGCGUGGGAUUAGGAAACAUCUUCAGAGAAUCUUUUGGCAACAACUCAAGGAGGAAAAUAAGGGAAGCUACCCUUCGUAG